ACCAACAUUCUUUAUCUGCAAGUGACCUGUUCCCAACUGUGAACCUGGAAGCUACGUAUCUUCCUUCUUAGCGCGGCCCAUCCUACUCUUGCUGUUCACCCAACCACGCAUAAGGGCGAACCUGUAUUUUAAUACUAUUUAACCUUGCAUAACUAUAGAUUUUGCAACUUUACGGUUUGGGUCAAUUGCUGGCACUCUCACUUUGGAACAAGGCGCCCUAUCUUUGUUGGGGAUACAAUAGGGACUAUAUUAUCAACGUGAAUACUUGUUCAAUACAUUAGGAGCCCCAUAUGGGGCACCGGAGCUUUCUGGCUCCCACCGCUGAAGCGUCGUGACAUGCUCUAUAGUUGUCCUGAGAACUGAGGAGAUUGGAAGGCCGUGGUAGCACUAUGCCGCUUUACGAGGAGUCCUCUCUGCCCAACGGGGGGCAAAUGCUGCGGAGCGAGGCCUCAGCGCAAGCAUCGAGCAACCCGUUUAACAUCCCCGCCGAUGAAGAGAUAUUCCGGUUUCGUGAGGAGGAGCGGGCACGUAAAGAGCAGCAGAAAAUUGCAGCUCAGACGACGGGUGUUGCCGACAAGACGACAUUCGCAGCCCAAAUGCAGGCAACAGCCACGCCAGACGCGCGAACGCUGCUCCGGGAGCUGCGGCCGCCGAAAGGCCCAAAGCCCAGUACCACUUUGGCAGCGUCGAGCGUCGGAACGCUAGAUCGGCGUAAGGAGAAGGAGAACAUGUCCGACUUCAUCGCCAAGAAGCGCGAGAUCUUCUUGCUGCAAAUGAGUUUGGACACAAAGCGCGCAGAGAUUAAAAAACUAGAGGAGCGUGCACGACAGCGUGAGGAGGCACUAAAGAAGUCGGAGCAAAUGCUUGAGGAGGACGCCUUGCGCUUCGACGCCUUCUUGAAGGAGAACGACGAGAAGGUGCAGGAGGCGAUCAAGCGCGCCGAGACGGAGGCUAAGGCCAAGCAGGACAAGGUGCUGGAGAUUAAGCGCCUCAACACUGCUACUGCCGCGCUGCGGUCAGAGCUCAACAAGUAUGAGGAGCAGCUGGAGGACUGCCGGAGAUAUAAGGAGUUCCUGGACAGCAUCACGCCCCCGGAGUGGUUUGAGCAGCAGGCGGCAAAGCUGCAGCGGCGGAAAGACGCGCUGGUGGCCGAGUGGCAGGCGCAGUGUGACGCGCUGCGGCAUCGGCGGGAGGCGGGCAUGGCGGCCAAGCUGCAGGCGGAGUCGGACUACGCCAAUGCGCGCACGCAGCAGCAGGCGGAGCGGGCGGAGCGAGCCAUCAAGGACAGCCUAGCGUUCCUGAAGGACAUCAUGAAGGAGAAGGAGCCCCCGCCGCCCAACCUGGACUUCCAAAUGGACCCCGACGAGGAGGAAAUGUACUUCCAGGAGCCCAGCCAGCUGCUGGCGGUGUACAAGCAGCUGGAGGAGUCCAACCUCUUCUACAUCCAGAACGCGCAGGAGACUGAGGAGGCGCUGGAGGAGCUGCGUCAGAAGCUGCGGGACACGCGGGCGCGCAUGGACGCAGAGGCGUUAGGGCUGCAGGGGCAGGUAUCCGCGCUGCAAGCUGCCAUCGUGGCUGCCCGCGAGAAGGCUCGGCGGCUGAAGGACCGCACGCUGGAGAACGAGGGUGCCUUCACACUCAGCAUGGGCAACACCACGGGCGCGGGCAACAGCAAUGCCGGGCCGCCGGGCGGGGGCAGCAGCAACGCGGCCGCCGGGCCCGUGAACCUGAAGCAGCUGGGGGACAAGGUCCGGGAGGUGUACGUGCGGUGCGGGUUUGAUGCGGAUGCGUCCAUCAGCACGUUGCAGAUGCUCACCAACAUCGAGAUGAAGCUGGAGGAGUACCUGGCGUCGGUGGAGGCCAUGCCCGGGGAGUACGUGGACAAUGCGGAGAAGGCGCGGGAGAAGGAGCGGAGAAAGGUUGCCCGCGACGAGAAGCUAUCCGCGCAGCACCGCGAACACGAGGCGCGCAUGGCCCGGGCGCUGGAGCGCGCCGCCGCACCCGUGUUCAAGAAGAGCGGCAAGCCGCUGAUGUUCCGCUCCGCGCCGCCGCAGCGCAAGAAGGUGGUGCAGGCGGACGACCGGAAUGAUGAGGAGGCGGAGCUGGAGGCGUACCUGGCGCAGGACAUGAUAUGAUGUGAUGCGCGGGGUGCUGCUGCUGCGCGGGGCUGCGGGUCUGAGGUUGUGAGCUGGGCAUUUAAUGGGUUGGUGCCUGAUGGGGUAGGAGGCGGAAAGGACCUGCAGGAGGAAUGUCGAGCGCAGGAUAGGAUUAGGGAGGUCCGGCAAGCAGCAACCCUUGUCAUUCGGUAGGGUGUCUUGUUGUCACCUCCUGCGCUGUCGAUAGCUUGCUGGCCACGGUAUCGGCGGUGACACAGGAGUGAAGGUCGGCGCUUGCGUUUGUGGUCUGGGAGCACGAACCUGUAUACAUAGCAGACCGAACUGGUUGCGACCUUGCGAGCCUCAUCACGCCUGCAUCUGCCUUGGCGAUGUCCUGCAACUGCAUCGCCCCCCGUGUUCGUAACCGUAGUUCCGCACGGUCAAACGUAAAAUGCGAUAUGUACUGUCGGCAGCUGAGAGGAUGCUGCCCAUCACAUGUGGACUGAAUGCUGUGGCGGGUGGCGUGUCACACGAUUCCUCUGUAACUUACGUACGGG